GGAAGCUCACAGACAACAAUACUGGCUGUGAGUGGAUGUUACAUCAGACAGGGUAGGAUGGUGUUUCGUUCAAUCAUGGUCUAGGACUUAGUGUGUUUUUAGUGGAUAAUAACCCGGGGGCCUUUGGGCAGAUAGCGUUGCUCAUGGAUGUCUUUCCUGUACAUCAGCAUUCGUUUCUGCUUGCUGGAUGACCGAGGAAAGCUGCGCGCCAUGCACUGCCUAACGGGCUGGAUGUGCGUCCCAGGAGAUAAGGUUGAAGAAGAAGCGUAGAGAAUCGCAUGAGUUCAGAACAGUAGUGUGAGCGCAAUGGACGAGGAAGACGGCAGGCAGGGAGCGAGCGCGACACAGUCGUUUCGAUGUACUUCUGGAGCCACUCCUGCGAACAUGACAGGAAAAAGAAAGAUGUGUACAGGUGUCGGUUGGGUGACCACCGUGACACUAGUUGGCUUGAUGAUGCUAGUGAUUCUAUCGCUUGAGUUUUGCAUUAACACUGGAGAUGAACUGGAUCCUCUUGAUCGAAUUGACGCGCGUAGGUAUCCGAAGAGAAUGGAAGUUAGGUUACGGUCCUCCAGAAGGCGUCUCAGGCUGCGCAGACUUCUUUUACAACGUGAACUAACCGAGCAGUUUCCGCAGAAACCAGCCCGUGUCUUACUCGAGCUUCGCCAGGGUCGUGGAGACAGCGAUAUGGAUAGCUCAAGCGACGGCCAGUGGAUGAGUGUGGAGUCCGCGAGCUCUGAAGGACAAGCUGGCCAGGAUGGGAACACCAACUGGUUCAAUCGCGGACCCAAUCCUGAUGCGGGUGACGAAGACGGAGAUGGAGACGGAGAUACCACGUACGACACACGCAUGGAGACCACACCAUCCAUGCCGCAGAGCACUCCACCUACUGGUACCGGCGGCGGGGGUGAUACCGGCGGCGGAGGUGGGGACAGCAGCGCUCCGACAUUACCUCCAAUCACCGAGACAACCCCUGUGAUGUGCAACGUCUGCGAUUCGGUACUGCUAAUCAGCGAGUCUGCACUUCAGGAGCUGCAGGAGCUCUUCAGAGUUUUCGAGACCACCAGCAUCUUUCAGAGCACCACCUUUGGCCAGCAGUUCAGCAUGAACCCAGUCCCACGGCCGUCUUGUGGCAGUGUGAGAAUGACGGAGGGUAACACGGCGCGCAUACGAUUUGCGGGCUCCAGCGCCACGGUCAGCCUGAACUCCACGCGUCCACCGCUCGUUGUUCUCACGUCAACACAUGAUAGUUCAUUUUUCGAAGGCAUCGGUGCGUUGCGCAGCGAGAUCAAUACAGUAACUGGCGCUAUCGGGGCACGCAGAGUCCAGCGCACGCGCGGCGGAGAGUUCGAGUUAUUUCCUCCAACACGACUGGUAUGCCGACAUGAAAACUGCGACCCCUCCGCCACGCCAGCUUCUUCAGAUAGUCCUAUGCCAAUGACAGCCGACACUCCAGCCACAAUGAUCUGGCCUGAUCCGACGAGCGCGCAGCUGAACCAGGCAGCCAACGUUAUCCUCUGCGACUCGUCCGACUGUCGCGCAACCCUACCUGGCCAGCCUGCACUGCCCCAAGCCUGUGUCGACAUUCUGGUCGAGAUAAAUCGCAACAAUUUAGUCACGUGAUAAGCUGUGUGCCAAUUGCAACAGCACGGAACACGUAUUAAUUGAUUGCCAACAGUGAUGUUGCACCGAAGUGUCCCUUAUGAGGUGACUCGCUGCCAAAAGGUGGCAUACGACAAGUCACUUGCUUUGCUAGGGCUUUACGCUGCGUGAGCAUCAAUCAAAGGCAUCCUAUCUCAGACUCCAGAUCUGGAUAAACACAGGUUGAUUGGCUGGAGCCAAUGCAGCCUGUGAUGCAAACGAACAGCACCUCCCUCAUCGGUAAACGUGUUCUUAAUGAUAAUAAGCAUCACCUUGAGCAUUCUUCUCUACUUGAGCACAAAGUGUGCCAGAACGUCAACGUCGUUGUCACCAUAAACUUCUCUGUUUCAAGUCUUGAAUUUGUUUGGCACCUCAGAUGAACGGAGGCCUGAACAUCAAUUUGCCUCCACAGUUGAGCCUUAUUCCAUGCAUACACUGCUGAAGUUUUGAGCACCCCAAGAGUUAUUAUCCAGAGAAUAGUGUUGAUGCACCACGUGUUGCAAGAGCCAUUGAGCACAUUGACCAUCCAUUUAAUUAAACUUUUUUUGUGACAUACUGUCAUUACGUUCCCCGAGCCGUGUAUCACCUCACAAAUGUAAAGAUCGCAUCUUUCUAAGAACUCAACCCUCGUCGGUAUGGCUGCGGUCGUUGUGAACUGCCAGCUAACGAAUGAUUGAUUGGUUGCUAUUUCUAAAGAAGUGUCUGCGCAGACGCAAUCCGCACAGUCAAGUAAAGCCAAUUUAGUAACCGAACGUUUUCGUUCCCCUCUCAUCAUCGGUAAGUACAGGGAGGAA